AUGAAUUCCACCCUGAAACCUCACGAAAGUAUGAAUGCAAAGUGCAUAGGGUUUCUUUUCAUUGGCAAUGUACCCAAGCAGAUAUCUGCUAUACCUUACGCUAUUUUGGUUGUUAAUGUACUGAUCUUGGUAUUAACUUUUCCUUUUACUGCUGUACUGAACACGCUGGUGAUGUUCGCUGUGAGAAAGAAAGCGCAACUUCGAACCGUAUCCAACGUUGCCCUGGCGUGUUUAUCAGCUACUGAUGCAAUGGUUGGAAUCUUUGUUCAGCCUAUGUGCGUAUAUAUCGAAAUAUCAUCAUUAUUAAAACGAGAACUACCUGGUAAAAUCGGCAGCUGUUCAACGCAAAUCGUAGCCAAAUAUUCGAUCAACUUUUUCUGCGCUUCCUCGCUCGUCCACAUAGCGUUGAUGACAGCAGAGCGCUACAUGGCCAUCAAACAUACCUAUAAUCACAGCAAAGUCUUCACCAUAACCCGUGUGUUGAUGGCCUCCACGGCAGCAUGGAUUAUCACAGCAACUGCACAUAUCUUGUUAUAUAUCGACCAGAGUGUAUUCAAUCUCAUCACGUCAGCUUUCGUGGGAGCAAUUUUAGUAUUCAUAAUCUUCUCCACUGUUAUGGUAUAUCUUGAGAGUCGUCGACACGCGAAGCAAAUCGCAGAACAGCAAGUUUCAUUGGAGGCCAGGGAAAAGUUUUUAAAAGAGAAAAAAGCCCUAAAAGUAUCCACUACAAUUGUGUUCAUUUUAAUUAUUUGUUAUUUACCGAUAAUGACUUUAAGAGUGAUCAAUUUCGCUUUUGGCGUCGACAAAAUAUCUUCUAUCUCAAUACAUUUAAUUUUUGUCUCUUCUGUUUCGUUAGCGCUUAUGAAUUCCUUUCUUAAUCCGCUUAUUUACUCAGUCAGAUUACGACAAUUUCGCGUUGCAAUUAUUGAAAUAAUCCUGAAAAAAAACUACACUGGAGCCGAAGAUCCGGGUUGUCAACAUUAG